UGAAACAAAAACAACAUCAGAUUAUGGUUAACCUGAACCCUAUCUCUCACCUCAUUCUUCACCUUUUGCUCUUGCUAUUUUUAGCUUCUUCAUGUUCGGGGCAUGGAGUUCCAGAUUCAUGCUUCGAGGAAGAGAGACAAGCUCUUCUCAACUUCAAACAUGAUCUUGCCGAUCUUUCUGGCAGGCCUUCUAGCAGGCUUUCUUCUUGGGUGGGUCAUGCAUGCUGUCAAUGGCAAGGAAUUUCAUGCAACAACCGAACUGGUCAUGUUGAAAAGAUGGACCUCCGAAAUACAUAUCCAGAUACCCACUAUGAGGUUUGGAACGACACAGAGUAUAACCAAUCCUUUUUAGUGGGUAAGAUGAAUCAUUCUUUGCUUUGCUUAAAACAUUUAUCUUACUUAGAUCUAAGCUGGAACUAUUUUCAAGGGGUUCACAUCCCCAAGUUCAUUAGGCAGCUUACGAGUUUGACUUAUCUCAAUCUCUCAAAUUCCUACUUUGCCGGAGAGAUUCCGUCAUCUCUCGGUAACCUCUCAAACUUGAAAUAUUUAGACCUCAAAUCUAUUUAUGGCGGUGUUUCUUCCAAAAACUUGAAUUGGCUUUCUCAUCUCACUUCCCUAAAAUACCUCAAUCUUAGAUAUGUGAACCUUAGCAGCACUAGAGUAAGUUGGCUACAUGAUGUCAACAUGCUUCCUUCACUCUUAGAGUUGCAUUUGUCUUCUUUCCAAAUUGAUGGAAACCAGCUUCCACUCUCCCUGCCCACAAUUAACUUCACAUCACUUUUGGUCCUUGAUAUGUCUUCCAAUGUUAUUGAUUCUUCAUUCCCCACAUGGCUUUUAAAUCUUACUAGCCUCAAAUCCCUCGAACACCUAGACUUAUCUUCUAUGUAUCUCCAAGGUCAAAUUCCUCAAGGUAUUGGACAUCUGUGCAAGCUAAAGAUGUUAAAUCUUGGGUACAACCAAUUUAGCGGAGGUCUUCAAGAGAUUUUGAGUGGUUUCUCAAAUUGUCGAGAUAAUGGGGGGAUGGUAAGUGAAUUGCAGCAUCUUGACCUCAGUUCCAACUCUUUUUCUGGAUCAUUUCCAGAAUCUUUUCAACACUUAUCAUCCUUGAAAACACUGGACCUCUCUUAUAAUAGUAUGAACGGUUCCAUUAUUCCUCAAAUUUUGGGACAACUCUCUCAGCUAGUUGAUCUAGAUCUGUCUAGGAAUCCAUGGAACGGAAUUCUAACGGAAGCGCAUCUCAUGAACCUCAGGAGAUUGGAGACAUUUCGAAUAGGCACAGACAGACCUGCUUUGUCAUCAUCCCUCAUUUUCAAUGUGACUGAUGACUGGGUUCCCCCAUUCAACCUCAGCGAAGUUUACAUUCAAAACUGCAGAGUGGGUCCUGCGUUUCCGGUAUGGCUUCGAUCUCAAACUCAACUAGUUGAUGUCCGCCUUGACAAUACUGGAAUUUCUGAUCGAAUACCUGAGGAAUGGCUCUUGAAGAUAUCUUCACAGGUUGAAUUCUUGUAUUUACCUAACAAUGGCAAUGGUGGAAAACUUCCCUUCCAAUUCAAGUUUCCGAAUAUAAUUCUCAUAGAUUUGCGUCACAAUCAAUUUGAAGGCACACUCCAGCAGCUUUUGCCCACUAAUAUGCCUCUAUUAGGAGGCUUGUUUCUUUCUGAUAAUCAUUUGAAAGGAACUAUUCCACCUUCAAUUUGGCAAGUGCAACAUAUGAAAAUCCUUUCUCUCAGGAACAAUCAAUUGUCCGGAGAGUUUCCUCAAGAAUGGAGUCUGUGGAGCGAAAUAGGUAUCGUGGAUGUCUCAAACAACAAUCUCUCUGGUAAUAUUCCCAGUUCAAUGGGCAUCCCAUGUUCUCUUUCAGUUUUGAAGAUGCACAACAAUCAUUUUGGAGGAGAAAUUCCUUCUCUCUUGCAAAAUUGCUCUGCUUUGAUUGAUAUUGACCUGAGUGGCAACAAACUCACUGGAAUCCUGCCUAUAUGGAUAGGGUCAAAGCUUUCUUAUUUGGAGUAUGUACUAUUGCGACGUAAUUUUUUAAGCGGAAAUAUUCCCGAACAGUUGUGUAAUCUUCAAUACCUUCAUAUCCCAGACCUUGGCCAUAACAACAUUUCAGGGACUAUUCCCACAUGUUUGAGUAAUUUGACUGCUAUGCAGUAUGAGGGGGUCGAUUUUUUAGGCUUCAUGGAUUACGACGAGUUAACAGCAGUUAUCAUGAAAGGAAGAGAACUUGAAUAUAGCAGUGAUCAUACAUUGCUUUUGUGCCCGGGAAAGCUUGGUUUCUAUAUCAGUGAAGAUGAAGAUGAAGAUGAUAAUGGAAAGCUUGGUUUCUAUAUCAGCAUGGUCCUCGGGUUUGUCAUAGGCUUCUGGGGUGUUUUUGGAACAUUACUCAUAAAGAAGUCAUGGAGGUAUGCCUAUUUUCAAUUCUUUGACAACAUCAAAGAUAAAAUAGCACUGGCAAUUGCUUUAAAACAUCUUGACCUCAGUUACAACUCUUUUUCUGGAUCAUUUCCAGAAUCUUUUCGACACUUAGCAUCCCUGGAAACACUGGACCUCUCUUAUAAUCGUAUGAACGGUUCCAUUAUUCCUCAAGAUUUGGGACAACUCUCUCAGCUAGUCGACCUAGAUCUGUCUCGGAAUUCAUGGAAUCCUAUUCUAACAGAAGCGCAUUUCAUGAACCUCACGAGAUUGGAGACAUUUCGAAUAGGCACAGACAGACCUGCUUUGUCAUCAUCCCUCAUUUUCAAUGUGACUGAUGACUGGGUUCCCCCAUUCAACCUCAGCGAAGUUUACAUUCAAAACUGCAGAGUGGGUCCUGCGUUUCCGGUACGGCUUCGAUCUCAAACUCAACUAGUUGAUGUCCGCCUUGAUAAUAGUGGAAUUUCUGAUCGAAUACCUGAGGAAUGGCUCUUGAAGAUAUCUUCACAGGUUGAAUCCUUGCAUUUACCUAACAAUGACAUUGGCGGAAAACUUCCCUUCCAAUUCAAGUUUCCAAAAUUAACUUUCAUAGAUUUGCAUCAUAAUCAAUUUGAGGGCACACUCCCGCAGCUUUUGCCCACUAAUGCUCCUCUAUUAGUAGACCUGGAUCUUUCUGAUAAUCAUUUGAAAGGAACUAUUCCACCUUCAUUUGAGAAUUCUUUCUCUAGGAAACAAUCAGUUUUCUGGAGAGUUCCCUCAAGAAUGGAGUUUGUGGAGCGAAAUCGAUGUCGUGGAUGUCUCAAACAACAAUCUCUAUGGGCAGUUGGAGAAGCUAUCAUGAAAGGAACAGAACUUGAAUAUAGCAAUCAACAUUCAUUACAUUUGGUAAAGAGCAUUGAUUUUUCUUCUAAUAAUUUAGAAGGUGAAAUCCCUGAAGAUAUAAGCUCUCUCGUUGAAUUGGGUUCCUUGAACUUGUCGAGGAACCAUUUAACUGGAAAGAUUCCAUGGAGGUUCAGAAACUUAAGCAAGUUGGAAACUCUUGAUCUCUCACACAACCACCUUUCAGGAGAGAUUCCCCAAAGCUUUUCUUCUUUGACCUCAUUGUCUUACUUGAACUUGUCUUAUAAUAACCUUUCUGGAAGAAUUCCUUCAGGGCCCCAACUUCAAACAUUGGAUAAUUCAUCCUAUACAGGGAAUCCAUCACUCUGUGGUUUUCCUCUUUCAACCAAGUGCCAAGGAGAUGACAUGCACGAUCACAAAACAAACUUUUCCAGGAGGAGACAGUGAAGAUGAAGCUGAUAACGGAAAGCUUGGUUUCUAUAUCAGCAUGGUCUUUGGGUUUGUCAUAGGCUUUUGGGGUGUUUGUGGCACGUUACUCAUAAAGAAGUCAUGGAGGUAUGCCUAUUUUCAAUUCUUUGGCAACAUCAAAGAUAAAAUAGCACUGGCAAUUGCUUUAAAAGUAGCUUGUUUGUAGAGAAGAUUCUGAUGGGGAAAAGAACUUGUGAUACAAUAAUAAGAAUCAUACAUGUUCUUACUUUUAAAUAUUGUAAUGUAAUGUAGCUAU